UUCUAGUUAAAGAGGAAUAACCUCGCGUAUUAUUUAAUAAUUUUAUAGAAAAAAACAAAAAUAUUAUAAAAUUUUAUUAAUUACAACGAAUUUUCUUGAAAUUCUUAAACGAUAUUCGCGUUAUAAAAAACAAAAUUAUAGAAAAAACAAUGAAGAAAACUUACGUUAUUGCAUUUUUCUUAUUAAUAAAUUUUGUUUACGGUAUUCCUUUUCCGCAUGAAGGACAUGAUCAUUCGAAAGAUGAGAUUACGGUGAGUUCAAGUGUAUCAUCAUCAUCAUCUUCAUCGUCGUCUUCAUCAUCAGAAAACUCAGAAAAACCAAAAGAAACAAUUUUAAUUGGUGAAAUAAUUGAAAGUGGUAAAUCAGAAGAAAAAAAAUUAGAAGAACCAAAAAAUGAAGAAAAACCAUCAUCAGAUCCAGUUGAUAUAAGAAUAUCAGAAGAACCAAAAAAUGAAGAAAAAAAAUCUGAAGUCAUCGUAGAAAAUGGUUAUAGUUCAGUAGCAGUAGCAUCUGCAACACCUGAAACACCAAAAGAACCAGCUUCUGCAAUUAUUGUAAUGGAAAUGGAUACUGGAAUUAAAAAUCCAAGUGAUGCACCUAUUGAAAUGGUUAUGAUUGAAGAAGUACCAAAAAAAAUUGAACCAAUUGCUGGAUCAGAAGCAGCUAAAGAAGAACCAAUUAAAGAAGAACCAGCUAAAAUUGAAUCUGUAUCAGAAGGUGCAGCAAUUGAAAUAAAACCAGUUUCAGAAAAUGCUGAAAAUUCAAAAGAACCAACAUCAACUGCUAAUACAUUAACAACAAGUGCUGAUGAACAUCAAGGACAUGAAAAUGAAUCAGAAAGGAAAGCUCGUCAAUUUGGUCAUCGUUUCGGUUUUGGUGGAUUCAGACCAUUAGGUUUCGGUGGAUAUGGAGGUUAUGGUGGCUAUGGUGGUUUAGGUGGUUUCGGUAGCUAUGGCGGUUAUGGUGGAUAUGGUGGUGGAUAUGGUGGAUUUGGUGGUGGAUAUGGUGGUUUCCGUUAUCCAUAUGGUGGUUAUGGUGGUUUUGGUGGUUACAGGCAUCAUCACCGUUAUGGUGGCUAUGGUGGAUAUGGUGGAUAUGGUGGAUAUUAUGGUUAA